CGCAGACCUGGAGAGAGGGAACGCGCGCCCUCGGCGUCCAGCUUCGGGGAGUCCGCUCCUUUCAGUUUGGGCUGGAGAGACGGUAGGGGAGCCGGGAUAGAGAGCAGAGGGAGCCCGCAGGUGGGCUCGGAGCGGAGCUGGACUCUUUUGGGACCCCGAGGGGGCAGGCGGGCGGGGAACUGGAGAGGGGCGGAGCUCCCAGGUCGCGGCCGCCGCAGCCGCCCAGAGGGUCUGCGGGGGCUGCUGAGGCCGGACCCGAGGGCUGGCCCUGGGAGCACCAGGGAGCGGCGCGCCCCUGCCAGAUCGUGACCUUGCCAUUGCGAGCGGGGCCCGCGCGUGCCGUCCUGAGCUUAACCCCAAGCCCAUCCUCGUGGAGACGCACAGCCGCUGGGCUGCAGCUGCCCCGUGCGAGGGAACCCAGGCCGGGGCGCCAGAAAGCAUCCCAGGCAAUCUCUACAUGAUGCAGCUUCGAAAGACUCAAGGACCACCCGCCGUACAAGUCCACCAUGGAGAAGGCAGGAAUGGAGAUGCAGACAGCACGGUGGCAUCUGUUCUGCCCUUAGCCACUGCAUAGACUCUGGGCCCCCACGGCAGGGAGCGAGCUGCACCAAGGGAAACUUCCCAGGGCGCCCGCCCACUGUCACGCUUGUGUCUCCCCUGGAGAGAAGGCGGGAUCAUGGCCUUCCCUAGCCACUGUCUGAUCUUCUUGGCUCUUGCCUGGUACUCCUCUGCCUAUGGGCCUGACCAGCGAGCCCAGAAGAAGGGGGACAUUAUUCUCGGGGGGCUCUUUCCUAUUCAUUUUGGAGUAGCAGCCAAAGAUCAAGAUCUGAAGUCCCGGCCGGAGUCUGUGGAAUGCAUCAGGUAUAACUUUCGUGGUUUUCGCUGGUUACAGGCGAUGAUAUUUGCCAUAGAGGAGAUCAACAGCAGCCCAGCCCUUCUCCCCAACAUGACGCUGGGAUACAGGAUUUUCGACACUUGCAACACCGUGUCUAAAGCCUUGGAGGCCACCCUGAGUUUUGUUGCCCAGAACAAAAUCGACUCUUUGAACCUUGAUGAGUUCUGCAACUGCUCUGAGCACAUCCCCUCCACUAUCGCUGUGGUGGGAGCCACGGGCUCGGGCGUCUCCACGGCAGUGGCCAACCUGCUGGGGCUCUUCUACAUUCCCCAGGUCAGCUACGCCUCCUCCAGCAGACUCCUCAGCAACAAGAACCAGUUCAAGUCCUUCCUCCGUACCAUCCCCAAUGACGAGCACCAGGCCACCGCCAUGGCAGACAUCAUUGAGUAUUUCCGCUGGAACUGGGUGGGCACCAUUGCAGCUGACGAUGACUAUGGCCGGCCAGGGAUUGAGAAGUUCCGAGAGGAAGCCGAGGAGAGGGACAUCUGCAUUGACUUCAGCGAACUCAUCUCCCAGUAUUCUGAUGAGGACGAGAUCAAGCAGGUGGUGGAGGUGAUCCAGAAUUCCACGGCCAAGGUCAUUGUUGUCUUCUCCAGUGGCCCAGACCUGGAACCCCUCAUCAAGGAGAUCGUCCGGCGCAAUAUCACCGGUAGGAUCUGGCUGGCCAGCGAGGCCUGGGCCAGCUCCUCCCUGAUCGCCAUGCCUGAAUACUUCCAUGUGGUCGGAGGCACCAUUGGAUUUGCUCUGAAGGCGGGGCAGAUCCCAGGGUUCCGGGAAUUCCUGCAGAAAGUCCACCCCAGGAAGUCUGUCCACAAUGGCUUUGCCAAGGAGUUUUGGGAAGAAACGUUUAACUGCCACCUCCAAGAAAGUGCUAAAGGACCUUUGCCCGUGGACACCUUCCUGAGAAGUCAUGAAGAAGGUAGCAGCAGGCUAAGCAAUAGCUCCACUGCCUUCCGACCCCUCUGUACAGGGGCUGAGAACAUCAGCAGUGUGGAGACCCCUUACAUGGAUUACACGCAUUUACGGAUCUCCUACAACGUGUACUUAGCGGUCUACUCCAUUGCGCACGCGCUGCAGGAUAUCUACACCUGCCUACCCGGGAGAGGGCUCUUCGCCAACGGUUCCUGUGCAGACAUCAAGAAGGUUGAGGCUUGGCAGGUCCUGAAGCACCUGCGGCAUCUGAACUUCACCAACAACAUGGGGGAGCACGUGAACUUCGAUGAGUGUGGAGACCUGAUGGGGAACUACUCCAUCAUUAACUGGCACCUCUCCCCAGAGGACGGCUCCAUCAUGUUUAAGGAAGUCGGAUAUUACAACGUCUAUGCCAAGAAGGGAGAAAGACUCUUCAUCAACGAGGAGAAGAUCCUGUGGAGUGGGUUCUCCAGGGAGGUGCCCUUCUCCAACUGCAGCCGAGACUGCCUGGCCGGGACCAGGAAAGGGAUCAUUGAGGGGGAGCCCACCUGCUGCUUCGAGUGUGUGGAGUGCCCUGAUGGGGAGUACAGCGAUGAGACAGAUGCCAGUGCCUGUGACAAAUGCCCGGAUGACUUCUGGUCCAAUGAGAACCACACGUCCUGCAUCGCCAAGGAGAUCGAGUUUCUAUCAUGGACGGAGCCCUUUGGUAUUGCACUCACCCUCCUCGCUGUGCUGGGCAUUUUCCUGACAGCCUUUGUGCUGGGCGUCUUCAUCAAGUUCCGCAACACACCCAUCGUCAAGGCCACCAACCGCGAGCUCUCCUACCUCCUCCUCUUCUCCCUGCUCUGCUGCUUCUCCAGCUCUCUAUUCUUCAUCGGCGAGCCCCAGGACUGGACGUGCCGCCUGCGCCAGCCGGCCUUUGGCAUCAGCUUCGUGCUCUGCAUCUCGUGCAUCCUGGUGAAGACCAACCGCGUCCUGCUGGUGUUUGAGGCCAAGAUCCCCACCAGCUUCCAUCGCAAGUGGUGGGGGCUCAACCUACAGUUCCUGCUGGUUUUCCUCUGCACCUUCAUGCAGAUCGUCAUCUGUGGCAUCUGGCUCUACACCGCGCCCCCCUCGAGCUACCGCAACCACGAGCUGGAGGAUGAAAUCAUCUUCAUCACAUGCCAUGAGGGCUCACUCAUGGCACUGGGCUUCCUGAUCGGCUACACCUGCCUGCUGGCUGCCAUCUGCUUCUUCUUUGCCUUCAAGUCCCGGAAGCUGCCCGAGAACUUCAACGAGGCCAAGUUCAUCACCUUCAGCAUGCUCAUCUUCUUCAUCGUCUGGAUCUCCUUCAUUCCCGCCUACGCCAGCACCUACGGCAAGUUCGUGUCUGCCGUGGAGGUGAUCGCCAUCCUGGCUGCCAGCUUCGGCUUGCUGGCCUGCAUCUUCUUCAACAAGGUCUACAUCAUCCUUUUCAAGCCGUCCCGUAACACCAUCGAGGAGGUGCGCUGCAGCACAGCCGCUCACGCUUUCAAGGUGGCAGCCCGGGCCACACUGCGACGCAGCAACGUCUCCCGCAAGCGCUCCAGCAGCCUGGGGGGCUCCACGGGCUCCACGCCCUCCUCCUCCAUCAGCAGCAAGAGCAAUAGCGAAGACCCCUUCCCACAGCCCGAGAGGCAGAAGCAGCCGCCGCCGCUGGCUCUGCCCCAGCAGCAGCAGCAGCAGCAGCAUCAGCAGCAGCAACCCAGGUGCAAGCAGAAGGUCAUCUUCGGCAGUGGCACGGUCACCUUCUCUCUGAGCUUUGACGAGCCUCAGAAGAACGCCAUGGCUCCCAGGAAUUCCAUGCACCGGAAUUCCCUGGAGGCCCAGAAAAGCAACGAUACCCUGACCAGGCACCAGGCAUUACCCCCACUGCAGCGUGGGGAGACAGACUCGGAACUGAUGGCCCAGGAGACAGGCCUGCAAGGGCCUAUGGGUGGGGACCACCGGCCAGAGACCAAGGCCCCUGAAGAGUUGCCCCCAGCGCUCGUGGUGUCCAGCUCACGGAGCUUUGUCAUCAGCGGUGGAGGAAGCACUGUCACAGAAAACAUACUGCGCUCCUAAGGUGCAUGUGGAAGGCCAGUCCAAGAGGAGCCCUGCAAGGCUGCCUGGGAUCCCAGCAAUGAGGAAGCGCCCGGCACCCCUUCCCUCUGAGGAAGAAGGAGUGAUGGACACAGCCAGGGCCCGGAAGCGAGUUGCCCCGUUUGCAAUGAGAGUGGAUGGACUAAGGUUGACGGUAGCAUUAAAAAAAGAAAAGCCGUGUGUUUCUGUAGUGGCAGAUUCCAGAUGGCCAUAGUCAGAUUCGCUGUUCCCUCACCUCCGAUGUCUCCUCCUCUGUCCCCCACCCCUCACCUGACACACACACCCCACAACUGAACGACAAAACCAAGGCUUUGCGCUACUCAACGGCUCCCUCCUUUUUGGUUUCAACAUUAAAAUGCUUGCCCUGAAGAUCAUGGCCAGCCCGGUCCAGAGGCAAAACUGUGUAGACUGACAUCAGCUUUUCCUGUGCUAGAGUUCAGAUUUUGAGAGGCAGAGUGUCACCAGGGCUGCCAGCGUAACGACAAUGGAAAGAACUUAAAAUGUUCGAAACCACAGUGGGAACGUGCCCCAUCCUAUUCCUGAAAACCGUGUGAUAUGUGCGGUUGGUCUCCCUCCUACCAGCUACUACUAGCGCGUGACCUUGGGAAAGUGUGCGUCCUCCCUGCUGCCGUGUGUCUGGUUCUGUCCGGAAUGUGACAGUGACGCUGGGUUUUGAUUCCAGGAUCACCAGGGCCGCCUCCAGUGGUUGGGAAGGAGCUGCUUGGAUCCAGUGAGCUGUAUCUGCAAUUAAUGUUGCUAUCUGUAGCUCUGUCCUUAAGAACACACUCCUGAUGUGAUGUCCCCUGGACAAUACAACCCGAGAAGAGUCACAGGCUGGCCUCUACAACGCAGUAUUAUUGAGCUCCACAGUCCUCCCUCGUCACCCCCUCACCCACCUGAGCUGAGCCCCUUGUUCGCCUUUGCAGGGUCCUGGGGAUCCUGAAGCUCCCCUUUCCCUGACUCAAAGCAGCUCAGCGGCUGACUCCGUGGAGAGGGAGCUUCCGGUUGUUGGCCGCCUAACCAUUGCUGAGUAAGAAAGAGAGCCCCACCCACCCGGUGCCAUGGCGACGUCCCCCCAGCAAUGGAGUUCACCUCCUCGGAUGUGACCUCUCAGCAAGCAGACCCUGGAGCCAAGGAGACUGAGGUCAAGCCCUGGACUGGUCACUGGCAUGCUGAGUGGUGACAGGCAGGGAAGUUGCACCUCUCUGAGCUCCCCCCUGUUUCAUUUCUAACACGGGGGUGGCAAUCACCCUCCUCGUGCAGAGCUCUUCUGUGGAUUGAGAUAAUGUGUGUACUGCAGCGUGGUGCCUGGCCCAUAAUAAG